GAAGAAAUGGUACUCAGUAUUCAAGGGUAUCUGUUAAAGACCAAGUUACCACCCAUCACAAAGGACAUAUCUGAUCAUAUAUGCAGCAUAGCACAGACCAAGGUUGUCCACACAGAGCAAUAUGUGCGCAUUGGAGGCCUGGCAGAUCCGCUGUUUGACCAGGGAGCUGUUGCGGUUCUUGCAAUUCAUCAAUUCCUGGAAUCAAGGCUUGGGUCGGGGUCAUUGCAAGAUAUGGAUGUCAAGCGAGAACAGGGACACAUUGUUCUUGACUUUCAUAACCGGUACCUCACCCCCCGUAGUGAAGCAGCAGUCACGAGCAUCAUCCCAUUUCCCAAUGACUAUGAUCCAAGACACAUCUUGCAAAGCCGGGUUACAGAUGAGGUCUUCACAACCGAUAAUGCUGUGCAGUUCUAUGAGCGGGUCAAGCUGGAUGGAUCUAGUCGCAGCAAGUAUCAGUUCAAACAAUCUCAUCCAACUGCCUUGAGUGUUGGACAGCUUGUUGAGAUCCAGACGUCCUUUGCUGUGGUUCCAAGAGGCAAGAAAAAGUACAAGCUAAUCAACAAGCUACGAUCAAUCUGUGUUCUUGACCGGAGCAUUGAGAAUGAACGCAUCCAAGCAGCCUUGCGGAAGACAUCACCUACCCGGAAAGUGAAACGGAACGUGGGCUAUGAGGAUGAUGACAGUGAAGUUGAGGAAGCCAGAGAGGAUGUGAAGCGCAUGCGGAUCAGCAGAUCAGAAUCUCCGUAG